UGGCACUCGCAAAACAUUCUGACGGCUGGGUUUCAUUGGCAUCUCAUGCCAGCACCUCAAAACGUGUCAAGCCGAAACACCAGGAAGAAGAAAAGAGAGAAUGGAGAAAGAAAAGCGAAACAGAACCAAACACCACAAAGAUACAGGUAAAUACAGGGGAUUGCGGUGUCACCACUUUCAGCCCCUGGGCUGAACCGGUCAUUGAAGACUCAUAAGCCGGUGCGGAAGUGAGUCACACGCCUUGCUUAAUACAAGACCAUGAAAUACCACAAAGAAGAAUUCCGAGAUAUAAAGUCCCAUAGACCUAUAGAAAUAAACAGAGUAUAAAGCAUCCGAUUGACGAUCCACGAAAAGCCGUGUAUACAUCAAAUCAUACAUCCAACAACCCAAACUCCCCCUCGCAAAAAUGACCUCAAAAACUCCCACCACAAUAAUCCGCACAACGCUCCCGCGACUCCCUUUACCACCGCCCUCAACACGAGCACCAAUCCUCACACCCCGCCUCCUCCUCCGGCCCCUAACCCCCUCCGACGCAGAAGCGUACUACAAGCUCCGGAGCGACCCAGCAUUCAUGUCGGAAAGCACCCUCGGCAAGCCGGACGUCUCGCCCGCAGAAACACUCGCGGCGCUCGCCGAGCUCGCCAACCCGGCGCGCGAGACCUUCUUAUUCGGCGUCUUCAUCGCCGCGACGCACGAGCUCAUCGGGGACGGCGGGAUCCACACGGUGCGCUUCAGCGGCAUGGGAUGGCCGGAGAUAGGGUACAAGCUGGCGCCGGCGCACUGGGGCCAGGGGUACGCCACGGAGGCGAUGCGCGGCGUGCUCGAGGCUUGGUGGGCGCUGCCGCGGGAGGAGGUCGAGGUGAGGGUGCACGGCGAGACGGUGCGGGAGGGCGAGGGCGCGGGACUGGCGCGGGAGCGCGUGGCGGCUGAGAUCGCGACGUAUAACAAGGGCAGCGAGAACGUGCUUUCGAAGCUCGGCUUCGAGCACUUCGGCACGUGGGAGGAGCCGGAUACGCAAUUACAUCGGCUCGGACAGCCGUUGGAGAUGGGGCAUUACGUGCUCUCAAGUCCGUCCUAGAAACGUCUCUGUCUAAGGACGUGCGGAAGUAGUCGCUCACCUAAUUGCUGAUUUCUACGGAAUAUCACAUGGACUUUACAGCGUUGACGAGGGGCUGAAAUUGUUGUGUGAAAAAAGGGUUUGGAUUGUGUAUUCGCGUUGGAUGGGAAAAGAGAAGAAAAGGGGCCUAAUUUGAAUCAUUUAUCUCGCUUUGAGAUACUCAAUAAUGCUGUA